GGGCCGUUGCGGCGCUCUGGGCGCGCGGGCUGUCUGCGCGGCGGCGCUCUGUGUGUCUUGUCGUCUACUUGUUACUCCUUAAUUCUUGACCUUUUCCGCCUGUUUUUAUUGGAUUUCGUGUUUGGCUCUUAUGUUUUACUGGCACGGAAUUUUGAAACGGCUGUUCAGGAAAAUAUUACUAUUAAUGGAGAGCCCUGGCAGGAAACUUCAGAUGAAGAUGAGCUUCAAAGUGGUUCUGAUAUCAAAAUCCUUGAAGAUCAAUUUGAUGAACUUAUAGUCGAGACUGCUAGCAAGCGUAAGCAAUGCCCCAGAAAAAUACUGGUACAUAUCAUCAAGACCAUGAAAGCAGAGCAAGAAAUAUUGAAGCUCUACAAGCCUGUUGUAAAGCCACAAGAGAUAAGACCAGAGCCAUCUCAAGCUGAUUGCAUGGCAGAUCUGAGACAAGUAACAGGAGUAACAUCAAAACAAAUUGGCGAAGCAAUGAAGUCUCUCCCAGCACUGAUAGAAAGAGCAGAGGGAUUUUCCCAAGCACUAGCUUUGCAACCAGUCUUGGAACUGUGCAAGCUCCGACAAGAAGUUUUUGCUGGUUGUAAAGCUAAAGAAGAAAAUAAAAUCCAAAGCCUCAUAACAGAAGUGGAGAUCACACCAACAGAGACUGCUGCCAAGAAAAAUUCUGUGCUGAAAAGGAGGAGACCCUCAGAUGCAAUACAGUUAGCACGCUAUCCAUUGCGACGAAAGAGAAGUAGUCUGAAUACAUGAAAGUUUUUAUAUACUUAUUUUCAAGCUUGAAAAUGUAUUCUUCUUUUGUCCACUGUAUGGUUUAACUGUUUGCUUUUCCAAGGGUAAAUUCCAAAGUUUUUUAUAAGAGGGAUGUAGCCUUUCAUUUUUCAUUAGCUUCUCAGUAACGUAGCCUUUCAUUUUUCAUGUCAUAUUUCCUAGUUGUAUGAAAACCUGAACAUAUCUAUAAUAAUAAUAUACAGUAAUAUCCAUUUUAGCAUACGCUCAUAUUCCCACCAGACAAUUUUUUGUUAUCUUCAGAAUUGGAAACUUUAUGGAUUAGCCAUUUAUUGCAGGACUAGACUCUGGCUCAGAUGUUUCACACUCAUGUACAUGCUUGACUUUAUGCAUCAUGAAUAGUCCUGUUGCAUUGACUGAGAUUACUUGUGCAUCUAGUUAAGCAUUUAUAGGAAAAGAUCGAAGAACGAGCCUUAGACCAUUAUAAAACAGCUUUCCAUAUAUGUAUCUAGACUGCUGUUUGCUUUACUUGUUGAGUAUGUAUGUUUAAAAUAUAUCAAAGCAUAAUCUUUACAUAGAAGAUAAAGUUUUGAUUUAUUAAAUUCAGAUGCGAUUGCAAAAAA